AUGUUUUUUAUAGGUUUAUUUUUUGCAUUGCUUAACUCCACGAUUUACUUUACAAAAGUUGAUCAAAGAAAUUUCCAUAAAGCAGUUAUUAUUUUACCAAAUAAAUAUCUCUCUGAAGGCCCUAGUAUAUUUUUUUUUAAAAAAAACAACACUGGAGGUGAAAACAAUGUUGGCACUUUUAUCAUUGCGGAAACAAUAGAAAAUCUUUAUUUAAAAGAUUUUAAUGAUACUGAUCAAGAAAUUAAAUUAUUAAAAGCACGGUGGACUAAUAAGAAAAAGCAAGAAGAAUCAUUUUAUUACUUAGAAAAUAUCUCUUACUCUUCUUCAAGUUGCUUAAUAAAGUUAGUAAAAAAUAAAAAUACUAUUUUUAAAUCAAAAGAAUUUAAAAUUCCUAAAGUUGUAAAACUUUUGCAAUUGCAUGAUUUAAAUUUACAUGAGGAAAAAACUACUAAACGCGAAACGCCAAAAAAAUUAAACAAAAAUAAUGUUAAUAGUCGUAAUAAUUGUGAUUAUAAUGAUAUUAAUAAAAGUGGUAGUAAUUUUAAUGGAAAGCAUAGUCUUAAUAAUAGUAAUAAUAGUAAAAAUAUUAAAAGUGUUAAAAGUGGUGUUAAAAGUGGUGUUAAAAGUGGUGUUAAAAGUGGUGUUAAAAGUGGUGUUAAAAGUGGUGUUGAAAGUGGUGUUAAAAGUGUUAAAAGUGGUGUUAAAAGUGGUGGUAAAGGUGGUGUUAAAAGUGGUAAUAGUAAAAAUGGUGAUCAUAGUCGUAAUAAUAAUAAAGAUGGUGAUGAUAGUAAAAAUGAUAAUGAUAAAGAUGAUGAUGAUAGUAAAAAUGGUGAUGAUAGUAAAAAUGAUAAUAAUGAAAAUGGUGAUGAUAGUACAAAUGGCAAUAAUAUUAAUGAUUAUAAUAGUGGUAAUACUUCUAAGCCCUACAGUGCAUCAGACCAAGAAAUUGGACUAACCUUGAUAUUCGCAAUUGCCGUGUUGUAUUUGCUGUAA